UUCCUUUUCCGGACAUGCAUUCGGCGAUCUGCCGCUUAUGUCCUUCGUCUAUUCUGACUACAACGGUUAUUUCGAACGUCAAGAUGUGCGUCUCCUAGUUCUGCAGCUUGUGUCUUUCGGACUAGAGCAAACACUCAGAAAUUGAUUUCAAUGAGUACUACCUAUCGCAUCCUCUACACGUGCGUCGCAGCCAUUGUAGCUUCAGCUACGUUCCAAUACGCUCGUUUUACAGCAGUAGUGCUCCGUCGUGGCAAUUGAACACAAUCAGCCCAGCUUUUGAAGCGCAAAUUCACCGUAUAGCCUGUCUCCAGACAAAUUCCCAUCAUGACGCGCCGACAGGUAUUGUCGCCGCAGGCCUCGACAAGUUUGUCAGACAACAAAGUCUCCCAAAAUGCUGAUGCUUCACACUCAACGCCGCUCGCCGUCCCCCCUGCAUCUCCCCAGCGGGAGAAAGCAGCACCACAAACGCCUACCGUGCCUCAAGGUCCAACAAACCUGGCAAAACACAGCACCCACCUCAUCAGUGCUGAACUCCUGAUUCCCGGCCGCGGGAAACCAAUGAACCAAGUGACCGUCGUGAUCAAAGACGACAAGAUCCAGGACAUCCACCCCACAGCCUCGCUACCGGCACACCUACACAGUCUACCCUCGACAAAAGUCCCCGUUCUCCUACCAGGACUAUGGGACUGCCACACCCACCUCCUGGGCUCUAAGUCCUUCAACUUCGGCCCCAUCCUAGUAGGCUCGACGGCUACAGCAGGCGCCCGCCUCGCCAUCAACGUCCGAGACAUCCUGAUGAGCGGCUUCACCAGCGUCCGCGACCUAGGCGGUUUCGCCAUCGAGCUCGCCGAGGCAAUCGAGGAAGGCACCCUCAUCGGCCCACACAUCUACUCAGCCGGGGCCGCCAUUUCCCAAACCUCAGGCCACGGCGACGUCUUCGACCUCCCCUCAGGCUUCGUGACAUCCUGCCUCGGCGUGCGCGACACUCAAGCCAACAACUUCGCUCCGGGCCACGGCCCCUUACUAAUCGCCGACGGUAUCGACGAGGUGCGCCGCGCCGUGCGGUUGCUCACCCGCCGCGGCGCGAAAUGCAUCAAAGUCUUCUCCUCCGGCGGCGUUCUCAGCAUCGCCGACGACCCACUCCGCCAACAAUUCUCGCUCGACGAACUGCGCGUCAUCGUCGAGGAAGCCAAUCGCGCAGGCCGUGUCGUCGCAGCCCAUUGUCACGGCAAAGUCGGCAUCAUGGCGGCGCUAUAUGCGGGAGUCCACACGAUCGAGCACGGCACAUACAUGGACGAAGAGUGUGUAGAACUCAUGAAGAAGAACGACGUCAUCUACGUCCCCACUAGAACCAUCGUCAAAGUCGGCGUGGACCAUCCGGAACUCAUGUCCCCAGAAUCCUACAAGAAAAUGAUCGAGACGGCCAAACACCAUCUCGCUGGGUAUCAGCUCGCCGUCAAAUCUGGCGUCAAGAUCGCUCUCGGCACAGACCUGGGUAUCAGCACGCCGACCACGCAUCCUCUCGCGUUAGGCAAGUCCGGCGGCGAACUCGCGUACGCUGUCUCCGACGGCGGUAUGACGCCCUUGCAGGCCAUUGAGGCUGCGACGGCCAUGGGUCCCGAAGUCCUCGGUGAUCUGGGCAUGGCGCCAAAGACGGGUAUCAUUGCCCCAGGAUAUGACGCCGAUUUGAUCGCCCUCCCCGAAAAUCCGCUGGACGAUAACAUGGACUUGUUCAAAGACCCUGCGAACAUCACGCAUGUGUGGAAGAGCGGGAAAUUGUUCAAGAGCCCGCCACAAUAGGAAUACGAAAAGCAGCCGCUGUCACCAUCGCCACCUACUUAGUUAGUCCAUACCGUCCUCUCUGUAGCACCCACUUCGUUUCUAGACACAAGAACUUGCAGCAAUAGCGCUGGUCGGAUGCAAAUGCAGCAGCUGGAGAAUCUGGGUCGGACAGCAUAGAAAUUCGGAGGAAAACCCGCAUAGAACACGUGGCAGCACACUGUUUCCGCCGCGUGUUACGGUGUACGACAUAAAGACCCCUGUGCUUACGGUGUCACAGGAGCACGAGUACAAGCACAUGAAGUGCAUAGGG